AUGUCGUUAGCCUUCAUGCCUAAUCCGAGAACUAAAGCUCCACCGCCUAAUCAGGCAUCCAUUCAAAAGAUGCUUGAUGAAAAUAGCCAGUUCAUUCAAACCAUCAUCGACUUUCAGAACAAAGGAAGAGGAAAUGAGACCAUCCAUUACCAGCAGUUGUUGCACAAGAACUUAGUCUACCUGGCAACAAUAGCAGAUAACAGUCAGAAUGUUCAAAAUUUACUGCCGCCUGUAGGCUACUUAUUAUUUUAG